GAAUAAACAGACAGUAACCCAGUUAGCAAGUGGAUUGGUGGGAGUGUGAUAAAUAUAAUAACAAAAUUUACAAUAUCUGAGUCGUGAAUGUUAGGCGUCCGAAAUAGUGUAUAUUAUAAGUGUGCCCUCGACAGUCUUGAUCUUGCUUGAUCUCUGGAAUUCCUGAAAAACUUUUGCUGAUGGCCAGGUGAUGGGAGCAGACAGCGAUCCCGGCGCUCCCUCCGCUGUUCCUUGGAGGAAGGUGUUGUAUGAGCGUCAACCUUUCCCAGACAACUAUGUGGAUCGACGCUUUCUGGAGGAGCUUAGACGUAAUGUGGGCGUACGACGGUAUCGCUACUGGGCAGUAGUGCGAGAAGCCGGACUUGUGACGCAGCAACUGUCCUGCGUGGCUGUGUUUCUUACAUUGUGGUGGUACAUGUACCAGGGGCAGCUUUACCCGUUCACGUUGCUUUUGGCCGGACUACUGUGUGCACUGCUGGGCUACGGACUCUACGAGGCACUCGGGGGUUCGAGACGAGAAGGGCGCACGAGAUUGGCGGACCUCCAGAGUGCUGCCAUCUUCCUGGCGUUCACCUUCGGUUUCUCUCCCGUGCUGAAAACGCUGACUGAAUCAGUGAGCACAGACACUGUGUACGCCAUGUCGGCUCUGAUGCUCCUGGCGCACUUGGUAACCUUCCCCUACGCCCAGCCUAGCCCCCCAGGUAGUCUGUCCCUGAAUGCGGCUCUGUUCGGCUCAGUGUGCCUGGCCUCGCGGCUGCCGGGCGCAUUGCACACCUUCGCCAUGCUGACCUGUGCGCUGCUGGUGUUCGCGCUGUGGCCCUGCCUGCUGCACAGUCUGCGGGACAGGGCUCCGCGUGGCUUCCCCUGGGCCGCUGCCCUGGUGUCACUCGGGGGUGUUGGCGGUUUGGCCAGCCAGUCGCCAGGGGGAGCCCUCCUGCUGGCCCUGGCACAGCUGACCCUCACGCUGCUCUGCCCCCUGCUCCUGCUCUGGCUGCAAGAGCACAAGGACAACAUCCACGGGCCCUGGGACGAGGCCGAGAUCCACGAGGACCUGUCCCGCUUCCUGCAGUGACACUCUGAUGGAGAACAGACCACCUGUCUCACUUCCUGCAGUGACACUCUGAUGGAGAACAGACCACCUGUCUCACUUCCUGCAGUGACACUCUGAUGGAGAACAGACCACCUGUCUCACUUCCUGCAGUGACACUCUGAUGGAGAACAGACCACCUGUCUCACUUCCAGCAGUGACACUCUGAUGGAGAACAGACCACCUGUCUCACUUCCAGCAGUGACACUCUGAUGGAGAACAGACCACCUGUCUCACUUCCUGCAGUGACACUCUGAUGGAGAACAGACCACCUGUCUCACUUCCUGCAGUGACACUCAGAUGGGGAACAGACCACCUGUCUCACUUCCAGCAGUGACACUCAGACAGGGAAGAGCCUGUUCCACUUCCUGCAGUGACACUGAUAUGGGGAACAGACCACCUGUCUUCCUCCAACUUUGACAUUCAACCUUUUAUUUCAUGUUUGUUAUUUCACAUUAAACUUUGUAUAAACCCCUCUGCACAUCAGCUUGCUGGAUGUGAACACAUUAAUCCUUACUACUAAUUAGGAUGGUUGAUAAAAAGACCCGUUGGUUUAAAUAAUGCGUUUAUACUUUAUACUGUUGUGUAGCAUCCAGGUUUCUCCACCAGAUGUCAGGCUUGGCUUUAUGAAGCCUUCCUCAGGCCUGGUCCAGUUGCUCAGCAUGAAUAAUGACGGAGUGCCAUGGAAAAUCUGCCUUGUUAAACAUCCUUUCAUUUGAAUGUUAUAGUGGGACCUCUAGCUUUUCCAUCGGGUCUACCUCCCCAGCUCACAUUUAUCGUGCUGUAACAGAUGAUCACUUCCUUCAGUAGCCUCAAACCAGGAAAACAAAGGAUACAGCAUAACUGAACAUGCUGUGAUCUGGAAUGUUUUUAAGGGGAUUUCAGUCUUUGAAUGAGAAAUGGUAGGUGUAUAAACCUACUCUAUCAUCUGCUAAAGUAACUAUAUAUUGAUAAUGCUUUACAUUAUCAAAUGAGAUUUUCUAAGAUGUUUUGUUUGUGAAGUACUUUAAUAUGUUUGUGAUUUAAAAUAUUUUUAAAAUGUAAAUACGCUCCUAUUUUGCUCCGACAUCCUUGGGACAAUAUUGUUCUUGCAAGAAAUUAAGCAAAUAUUUGCACACCUCAGCAAAAUACUAAUUCCACUCCAGUUCGUAGUGUGCAGGGGUGCAGUCCCAGCUACGGCUCUUUCUCAGCUGGGAUCCUGUCUGUUUUUACCCUCCUUGUGUCCUACCUGUCUGAAUAAUAAAAUAUGAAAGGAGGGUGGACUGUCCCGCUCUCCUUUUAAAAUAGGUCCACCAGCAGUGCCUGCUUCGGUUAAGCCAAGGGGAGUAUACAGGGCUUUCUACAGCCUUAGCUCUAGCUUAGCAUUAAGUCAUUCAUUCAUGUCCAUCACACGGACUGGGUAUUCAUUCGGCUAUAGACUGAUUGUUUUCUUUUAAGACUGGUUAAUUUCCUGUUUUUUCUUUUUCUUUUUUCUUUUGUGUGUGCUUUUAAUUUGAUUGAUUUUCCAUGGCUGGUCAGCUGUUUUUUCCGUCCAUUAUUAAAUGAUUCAUGUGUUUGCAGAACCCAGUUUAUUUGGAAUUCCAACAUGGUUUAUUUUGAUUGACUUCAAUAAAGAAAUAAAAUGACACUUUA